AUACACUGCAGAUGAAAGCUUUUUACGUUAGAUUUACGUGUUACCAUGGUUCAUCUACAAAAGUGGUAAACACUUUGGAUAGUCUGGACAGUGUGGGAUUGCUGAGGGUGUAUCAGAAAUGGAGUACACUGAUAAGGAGGAACAUCAUGAAGAAACAGAUCCCUCUCCUGACCCGUGCUGUGAGGAAGGAAAGAACACUCCAGCAGCACCACAGUCCGACCUGAGACGCUGUUUGAAGAAUCUUGUGGGAUGGUUGAGAGUGUUUCUGCAAUGGAUAACCCUGAUGUGGAGGAACAUUAUGGAGUAUCAGAUUCCUUCCCUGACCCGUGCUGUGAGGAAGGAAAGAACACUCCAGCACGAACAUCAUGAAGAAACAGAUCCCUCUCCUGACCCGUGCUGUGAGGAAGGAAAGAACACUCCAGCAGCACCACAGUCCGACCAUGUUCCUCCACCAGGGAAAGUAGCUGGGUGUAGACUACAGUUAGAUUACUCAGGCUGUGAAACAAACAGCGGCAGUUUGACUGUUGAUAACGCUGAAACUGUCACGGUUAAGGCACUGAUUCAUGGGACUGAGUGUACCAUCAGUUUCACAAAGAUUGCAGACAAUGGAAAUCAAAUCAAAGCAACCUCGCUAUCUGUCUCUACAGAGCACAGCACUCCUGUGCAGAAUAAAGUCGAUCAGCUCAGCAGGGAGUCAGAGUCCCUGCCACCUGCUGGUGAACUUGCUGAAGUGGAGAGUAACAAUGUAACAUGGUGCAGUGAGGUUGGAACUCUGCAAGAGAAAGCUGAUGGAACAUUAAGAAAGCCAACUGCACCAUCUGCCCCCAAAG